GCGGCUCCGCUCUGUCAUUCACCGGCAUCAUUUGCGCCUGGACCAGAGCACCGCCCGAGACAGCCUCAUCAUUGCUACGCGGUGUGCAAUUUUACCACUUUAUCAGAAAGCAGCUCAUGGGCUUGUAAAGCGCAUGCAGCUCUUCAAAAGUGGCAAGUGAUAAACCAUUGUUUCAUCAGAAUGCCCAUUGUCCGCCCAAGCUCUUAAUGAUAUCCUAGACGGUUUUAAAUUCAUUAUUUUCUAUAAUUGAACCAGUCGACUGCAAUUGGAGUGGUAUUUUUUCUCCAAUCGGACGCGAGCUCAAGCGCUUCCCCCUAUCAUCACCGCAGCUGCUCUAUUUGAAGUCAGUCACAACCCGUUUGAUCAGCUGAGGAGACGCGACUGACUUCGUCGCAAUGGGGUACGGACGGUCAGACAGCUACCGCGUGGCUACCACACAGGAAAACAAGGAUGUCAAGGAGAAGCCCAAGGCAAAGGGAGCGGACUUAGAGGAACUGAAGAAGGAAGUGCCGCUGACGGAACAUAAGAUGUCUAUAGAGGAAGUUUGCCAGAAACACAACACUGACAUCGUGCAGGGUCUGACUAACGCCAAGGCUGCUGAGUUCCUGAUCCGCGACGGACCCAAUGCCCUGACCCCUCCACCCACCACCCCGGAGUGGGUGAAGUUCUGCCGGCAGCUGUUCGGCGGCUUCUCCGUCCUGCUGUGGAUCGGAGCCAUCCUCUGCUUCCUGGCCUACGCCAUCCAGGCUGCCACUGAGGAUGAGCCCGCAGGGGACAAUUUGUAUUUGGGUAUCGUGCUCUCGGCUGUCGUCAUCAUCACCGGCUGCUUCUCCUACUUCCAGGAGGCCAAGAGCUCAAAGAUCAUGGAGUCCUUCAAGAACAUGGUGCCCCAGCAAGCCCUGGUGAUCCGUGAGGGGGAGAAGCUGCAGAUCAACGCAGAGGAGGUGGUGGCUGGAGACCUGGUGGAGGUGAAGGGGGGAGACAGGAUCCCCGCUGACCUGCGCGUCGUCUCUGCUCAUGGUUGCAAGGUUGACAACUCAUCUCUUACUGGUGAAUCAGAGCCCCAGAAUAGGUCACCUGAAUGUACCAAUGACAACCCUCUGGAGACCCGCAACAUCGCCUUCUUCUCCACCAACUGCGUUGAAGGUACCGCUCGUGGUAUUGUGAUCAGCACCGGUGACCGCACCACCAUGGGCCGCAUCGCUACCCUGGCCUCGGGCCUGGACACCGGCAAAACCCCCAUCGCCAAGGAGAUUGAGCACUUCAUCCACAUCAUCACCGGCGUGGCCGUCUUCCUGGGCAUCUCCUUCUUCAUCCUGUCCAUCGUCCUGGGCUACUCCUGGCUGGAGGCCGUCAUCUUCCUCAUCGGCAUCAUCGUGGCCAACGUGCCUGAGGGGCUGCUGGCCACCGUCACUGUGUGUCUGACCCUGACUGCCAAGCGUAUGGCCAAGAAGAACUGCCUGGUGAAGAACCUGGAAGCCGUGGAGACCCUGGGAUCCACUUCCACUAUCUGCUCCGAUAAGACCGGCACCCUGACCCAGAACCGCAUGACCGUGGCCCACAUGUGGUUUGACAACCAGAUCCAUGAGGCUGACACCACUGAGGACCAGUCCGGCGCCUCCUUCGACAAGAGCUCCGAGACAUGGGUGGCCCUGGCACGCGUGGCGGCGCUGUGCAACCGCGCCUCCUUCAAGGCCAACCAGGAGUCUCUGCCCAUCCUGAAGCGCGACGUGGCAGGAGACGCGUCCGAGUCGGCCCUGCUCAAGUGCAUCGAGCUCUCCUGCGGCGGGGUCAAGGCCAUGAGGGAAAAGAACAAGAAGGUGGCCGAGAUCCCCUUCAACUCCACCAACAAGUACCAGCUGUCUGUGCACGAGACUGAGGAUGAGAACGAUAAUCGCUACCUGCUGGUGAUGAAGGGUGCCCCCGAGAGGAUCCUGGACCGCAGCACCACCAUCAUGGUCCAGGGCAAAGAGCAGCCCAUGGAUGAGGAGUUGAAGGAGGCCUUCCAGAACGCCUACCUGGAGCUCGGAGGACUGGGAGAGAGAGUGCUGGGUUUCUGCCACGCGCUGCUUCCCGAGGAUCAGUUCCCCAAGGGCUUUGCCUUUGACUGCGACGACGUGAACUUCCCCACAGAGAACCUCUGCUUCCUCGGCUUGAUGUCCAUGAUCGACCCGCCCCGUGCCGCUGUGCCUGACGCUGUCGGCAAGUGCCGCUCAGCUGGCAUCAAGGUCAUCAUGGUGACGGGAGACCACCCCAUCACAGCCAAGGCCAUCGCCAAGGGUGUGGGCAUCAUCUCCGAGGGCAACGAGACGGUGGAGGAUAUCGCCGCCCGCCUCAACAUCCCAGUCAGUCAGGUCAACCCCAGGGAUGCCAAAGCAUGCGUGAUCCAUGGCUCCGACCUGAAGGACCUGAGCCAGGACCAGAUGGACGACUUGCUGAAGAACCACACAGAGAUUGUGUUCGCCAGGACCUCCCCCCAGCAGAAACUCAUCAUUGUGGAGGGCUGCCAGAGACUGGGUGCCAUCGUAGCUGUGACUGGUGAUGGUGUGAACGACUCCCCCGCCCUGAAGAAGGCUGACAUCGGCGUUGCCAUGGGGAUCUCCGGCUCAGACGUGUCCAAACAGGCUGCCGACAUGAUCCUGCUAGAUGACAACUUCGCCUCUAUCGUCACUGGAGUGGAGGAGGGCCGUCUGAUCUUUGAUAACCUGAAGAAGUCCAUCGCCUACACCUUGACCAGUAACAUCCCAGAGAUCACCCCUUUCCUCUUCUUCAUCAUCGUCAACAUCCCACUGCCCCUGGGCACCAUCACCAUCCUCUGUAUUGACCUGGGGACUGACAUGGUGCCAGCCAUCUCCUUGGCCUAUGAGAUAGCCGAGAGCGACAUCAUGAAGCGCCAACCCAGGAACCCUGCAAGGGACAAGCUGGUCAACGAGAGGCUGAUCAGCAUCGCCUACGGUCAGAUCGGUAUGAUUCAGGCUUUGGGAGGUUUCUUCGCCUACUUUGUGAUCAUGGCAGAAAAUGGCUUCCUGCCCAGUCGGCUGGUGGGAAUCCGACUUUAUUGGGAUGACCGCAGCAACAAUGACCUGGAGGACAGUUACGGACAGCAGUGGACAUACGAGCAGAGGAAGAUCGUGGAGUUCACCUGUCACACUGCCUUCUUCGUCAGCAUUGUGGUGGUGCAGUGGGCCGACGUCAUCGUUUGCAAGACCCGCAGGAACUCCGUCUUCCAGCAGGGCAUGAGGAAUAAGAUUCUGAUAUUCGGCCUGUUUGAGGAAACAGCUCUGGCUGCAUUCCUGUCCUACUGCCCUGGGAUGGAUGUGGCCCUCAGGAUGUAUCCACUAAAGCCUAGCUGGUGGUUCUGCGCAUUCCCUUACAGUUUCCUCAUCUUUGUUUAUGAUGAGAUCCGAAAACUCAUCUUGCGUCGACACCCAGGAGGUUGGGUUGAAAAGGAGACAUACUAUUAAAUUUUCACUCAUUCUGUACUCUUCACACACACCCCCCCCCCCCUCCCUUCUUUCCUCCGUCCUCUUAUCCAUUCAUCUUUCCUCACCUUUCUCAAUCCCUCCGUCUUUUCCUCCCCUCUCCUGUCCCUUUCAUCACUCUGUCAUGCAAGGGAACUCCACUCCACGUGGUCUUGCUUUUUCUUCUUCCUGCCUCCAGAGAAAACCUGCCAAGAGAACGAGAGGACCAGCGAUGGAGGAGGAGAGGUGGGGAGACGGGUUGCCGCCCGUUCCACCUCCCUCCCUCCACCCUCCGUUCUUCUUCUUCUUCUUUUUCUACCCAAAGACUACAGCUUAAUCUGCCAAUACUGUUACGUCUGUGAUACUCUUACAAAUGACAACUGUGGCUACUUUACACUGCCUCUACUCCGGUGAAGCCGGCGUUACUGUUAUUGCUCUUAUCAACGGCAGCUCUGUCUAGACCCCCGUCUCAUUCUAUCUUGGUGAUGAUGCCCACCACACAUUUCACCACACCUUCCUGGCCCCCCCUCCACGAAUCUCUCUAUCUCUCUUUUCAUCCCUCUCUCUUUUUCACUCCCUUUGUCCUCCCUUCUAUUCUCUUCCCUCGCUACCCGUACCCAUCUGAGAAGCAGAAAGAUCUCACUGCUGACACCAUGAAAACUGUCCCAAUCUCACACUCCUUGAACAGGGGUGAAAAAAAAUGAUGACACCUAUCCCUCUCUCUCUCUCUGCAUCUCCUCCUUCUGCUACUAUCCCUAUCCUUACUUCCUCCUCUGCUCCCUCUCUCUUUCUCUCUUGUCUGUUUUUUUCUCCGGCUGCAGUGUUGGUGUAUUUUAAUUGAUGAUUGAUGAGUGUUUUUUAAUACAGCCAUUGGUUACUCUCUUCAUUUUUAACAUUUCUGUCAGGAGUGAGCUUGAGAGCUGCCUGUUUAUUUUUUUCUUCCUUUGAACAUGACAAAGCCCACCCGGGACCAAUCUCACUCUUUUUCUCUCUCACUCCCUCUCUCCCCUCCCUGGCUUUCACUCCCUUUCUCCCCUCCCCUGCUUUCUCUCCUGCACUACCCCUUCCGGCCUGCUUCUCUCUCCGUCUGUCUGUCUGUCCCUGUCUGUCUGUUUGUGAACACCGUGCAAAAAAAAGCCCUCCCUCCUUUCCACCUGCCUCUCCCACCACCCCUUCCCCCUCCCCAACCCCUGUUGAAAAGAAAAAAAAUUACAAUCUCUCUGUGUCCUAGGAAAAAGAGAUUUCUCUCCAAUUUCAUUAUUUAAAGAAGUAAAGAUGUGGAAUAAGGUGUUGUUCCUUACAUGCGAAACAGCAGCAAAAUAUGAAAUAAAAAGAAGGAUCUCUCUUUUCUCA